UGCCCCCUUCCGGCCCCGCCCCCGGCGGUGCGCGCUCCCGCACGUGGCCAGCGGCAGGCUCCACCGCUUGGGCUCUCCCAGGAUGGCUCCCCGCGGGAGGAAGCGCGGGGCCCAGCAGCCGGCGGCGGCCGAGGCGCCGGAGACAGCGGGAGCCCCGCAGAAGCGAGCGCGGGCCCAGGCCCAAGACGAGGGCAGCGCCGGGGACAUCGGCCCCCGUGUGGUCAUCGAGCACUGCAAGAGCUGACGCGUGUUCGGGCGCAACGCGGCGGCGGUGAGCGAGGCCCUGCGCGGGGCCAUGGCCCACCUCCCCGUGGACAUCAACCCCCGGCCGCCGCGCAGGAACAGCUUCGAGGUGUCCCUGGUGAAGGAGGACGGCAGCACCGUGGAGCUGUGGAGCGGUAUCGGGAAGGGGCCGCCCCGCAAGCUGAAGUUCCCCCAGCCGGAGACUGUAGUGGAAGCCCUGAAGAGCAGCUUGGCAUAGAGGCGUUGGCCAGACGAGCCAGGACCAGCGCAGGCGGCACGAGCGUCCAUGAAGAGGCGAGACCAAGUGGGGGGCACCUGCCAGCCCCAGUCCCGUCCCUGAUG